AUGUUUCUUAUAACUCUUGUGGCUGUUUGCUGCACAACACUAGUAAAUGGAACUCCGGUAAGCAACGAUCUAUUUGUCAGCUCGAAAAAUGUUGGCAAUGUGAGUGCCCACAGUAAUAAACCAGAAAACGAAGAAAAAUUUGACGAAACGGAUCUUAAUGAAAGACUGGCUGUACGCUCAGAGUUGGUAGCAGCUGGAGAAUUUCCUUACAUGGUAUCGAUUCAAAUAAAUGGUCAGCAUUACUGUGGUGGUGCCCUGAUCAGUGAAAAGCACGUUUUAACAGCAGGACAUUGUGUCUAUAAGUACGUACAAAAUCCUUUCACAAAUAACUUACGAGAAAUCACAGUAGAGGUUGGCAGUACACGAAUUGGCUCGGGAAGAACAUACAAAGUAGAAAGUCUAACGUGCACGAAGCAUUUCACGACUCAAGACAUUUCUGAAUACUUCAUUCCCAAUGACAUUGCUAUAAUUACACUUGCUGAAGACGUUGCCGGUAGUGAGUACGUAAAAAUUAUCAAGCUACCGCCGGCAAACUUUGAACUUCCAGUAGGUACAGAGGUGGUUAUCAGUGGUUAUGGCAGUUCCCAGUUCAGAGGCCCUCCAUCACUCGUGAUGAAAAAAACAAAGUUGCACACCAUUUCUUUACAAGAAUGCAAUCAAUUUUACAGAAAUAUGGGAUCAAAAAUUACGAACCAUCACUUAUGUACAAAACGUGAUGUUGGAUACGGGACUUGUGGAGGUGACAGUGGUAGUCCAUUGAUAUACAACAGACAGGUUAUUGGUAUUGUAUCUGGAGGCAGUGGCCGCUGCGGUAUCGGUGAUCCGGACGUUUUUACCAAAGUGUCUCAUUACCUACCGUUCAUUCAAUAUGAAAUGGGAAAUCGCGAUCCUGCAACCAUUAAAGCGAUAGAAAAAAUUAAUUACGAGCACUUGCAAAUGAAUCAUGGAUUUAACUAA